UUUGAUUCCGAAGCCCAACAUUCCGUUCAACGGUGACUCAUCCCAUAAAUACCGACCUCCAUCGCCGGAUUACAACACUGAAAUCUCACCUGUCAGAUACAAUCGAAGAAAUCUGCAAUAUGACCUCCCUACAAGGCCUUUCGAUCAUCGAGGCCACCCCAGACCAUGUCCCAACCAUCAAAGCAAUGGUCGUCGCCGCAUACUCGAAAUACAUCCCUCGAAUCGGCAAGCCACCCGCCCCCAUGGUCGCAGACUACUACGAGCUCUUGAAAACACGGGAGAUAUACGCCCUGGAACGCCUUGAGGACGGGAGAAUCGUUGGCUCCGUCGUCCUCCGCAUGGAUACCGACACGGCAUCAAUCAACAUCAACAAUCUGGUCGUCGACCCAGGAGCCCAAGGGAAGGGAUAUGGGAGACUUCUUAUGGACUUUGCGGAGGGUUUGGGUAAGGAAAGAGGUUGCAAGGCCGUGGUACUGUUUACAAAUAUCAAGAUGUACGAGAAUCUGGCACUUUAUCCGAAGUUGGGGUUUGUGGAGACGGAUCGGCGAGAGGAGGAUGGGUAUGAGAGAGUGUUCUAUCGCAAAGAGUUGAACUGAUGAACAUUCAUUCCUAUGUCAAAUCAAGCUAAGCAAAUCUGAUAUCCUCGUUAAACGUGAAAGUAUAAGCACAAU